AUGGCCUUCAAUGAGUUUGAGGUCACGGCUGCGCCAAAGGUCGCAGAGGGCGAGGGCAAGAUGUUAACCGAUGAGCUUGUCCAGGUAAACGACAACGGUUCUUCUCCUACCUCGAACGAUCUGGACUGCGAGAAACAUGGAGCUAGCCGUCAAUCGAAUCCACUGCCCGAUCUCAAGCGGAAGUUGAAGAGCAGGCAUCUACAAAUGAUUGCCAUUGGUGGUACUAUUGGCACGGGUCUUUUCAUUAGUAGUGGUACCGCUAUCGCACAUGCAGGCCCUGUGGGUGCCCUCAUUGCCUAUAUCUUCGUCGGCUCCAUCGUCUACUCGGUCAUGACCUCCUUGGGGGAGGUCGCUACAUACAUUCCAAUCCCAGGAGCGUUCACGUCCUAUGCCACGCGAUUGAUCGACCCGAGCCUGGGUUUCGCCAUGGGUUGGAUUUAUUGGUUUUCCUGGGCCAUGACCUAUGCUCUUGAGCUGACCGCCACGGGUCUGAUCAUCCAAUUCUGGAAAUCUGACAUCCAGAUCGCCAUCUUUAUUGCUGUGUUCUGGGUGAUGAUCACAUUUUUCAACUUCUUGCCCGUCAGUUUUUAUGGCGAGUUGGAAUUCUGGUUCUCAAGCGUCAAAGUCAUCACUGUCGUGGGGUUCAUGGUCUUCGCUAUUUGCAUUGACGCAGGUGCUGGUGGCCGUGGCUAUCUUGGUUUCCGACACUGGGUGGACCCUGGGCCAUUUUCCCCCUACGAAGGCGUCCACCCCGAUUCUACCGCGAAAUUUGUCGGCUUCUGGGCUGUCCUGAUCCAGGCUGGAUUCUCGUACCAGGGCACUGAGCUCGUUGGUAUCGCGGCUGGUGAAACAGAAAACCCCCGCAAGACUGUUCCUUCGGCCAUCCGCAAAACAUUCUUUCGUAUCCUGUUCUUCUUUGUCCUGACCAUCUUCUUCAUCGGUCUGCUGGUGCCUUACACCAAUGAGAACCUUCUCACUGGUGGAAAUGACGCCAACUCCUCACCCUUUGUCAUUGCUGCCAGGCUUGCGGGUGUGAAGGUUCUCCCGGAUAUCAUCAAUGCGGUCCUGUUGACUGUGGUUCUUUCCGCUGCAAAUUCAAACGUCUAUAGUGGUAGCCGUAUCUUGAUUGGUCUGGCACAGGAAGGGUUCGCGCCACGCUUGUUCAAGAGGACUAGCAAGAAAGGUGUUCCCUACUACAGUGUUGCAUUCACCUCGGCUUUUGGUCUGCUUGGAUUCAUGAAUGUUUCCAAUGCUGGUAGCACUGUAUUCAACUGGUUCCUGAAUAUCUCCGGCGUGGCAGGCUUCAUUACAUGGGCAUCUUUGAAUGCUUGUCAUAUUGCGUUUAUGCGGGCUCUAAAGGCUCGCAACAUUUCUCGUGACCUCCUUCCCUACAAGGCAUUGUGGCAGCCAUGGUAUGCCUACUAUGGCUUGUUCUUUAACGUCCUGAUUAUCCUCACACAAGGAUUCACUGCCUGGAUUCCAACUUUCAGCGUCACCGAUUUUUUCGUCGCCUACCUCAGUGUGAUCCUUUUCGUUGUGCUCUACUUGGGCCACAAGAUCAUCUUCCGACCAGCAUUUGUGCGACCAAUCGAAGCAGAUAUCGAUACUGGCCGUGUCGCUUUGGAAAAUGAGAUGUGGGAGACAGUCACUCCCACCAAGUGGUAUAAGAAGUUGGGCAGCGCGAUUCUGGGAUAG